AUGACAUCGACGUUACGUUCAGCUGCGUCUGUACGAACUGGAAUUUCUGCUGGUGGCAGAUCUGGUGGUCAAGCAUCAGGCGUGACACGAAAAACUGCACCAACAAAUCGAUCUGCUCGCGGUUUACCGAAACUAAUCGAAAAUGAUCAAGAUGUGACGCCCAAACGUCUCGUUGAUCCUGAACAAUAUUACAACAAAGUCAAAGAUUCAGUUCUCUCAAAUGAUGCCUCAUCAACUCCAAGUGAAACAACGUAUUCAACAGCACAACCACAAGUUUUCUCUGCAACCAAAUCGUUGAUGGGACAUAGUCAUGGUGGAGUUGCGAAUUCGCAUGGAACUGACGCAGAAAGUUUCCCAUCUGAUCAUGAUGCAGAUCAGUUGGCCCAAAGUGUUGCAACACACGUAAUUGAAGACGACGAAUCACUCAUGUCAAUGGAUGGAGAAACACCUCAAUCAUUAUUAACGCUUAGCGAAACAGAUACGAUUUUUGUUCUUAGUAUUGAUAGUUGUAUUGUUGCGAACGAUGCCACAGAUUUAGAAGGUAUUAAAAAACAAAAUGAACGAUAUGUUGAAUUAUGUAAAAGUCGUCAAGGGAGCGAUGUGUUCAGUGAUCGUGGUAUGAACACAUUCAAUAACACAGUUAAGAACAAAGAAGUUCAAUGUGAACGAAUUCAAUCACAGAGUCGAGAAGUAUAUGCUUCUGUAGCCGAUAUGUACGAUUCUGAACGAGGUGAAAGUAAAAUUAUUCUUGGUAAAAGUACUCAUGAUACACAAACAAUUGAUGAACCGUUGUCUCGAACUGAUAUGACACGAUCGGUGGGUUCUGGGGUUGAUAAAUCACAUGGUACGCGUCUCUCGGAACAAUCGAUUGAUGAAACAAUGAGAAAACCAACAAUUGCAAAAAGUACGAACGAACAAGUUGAAGAUCCACAAUCAUUUGAUUCAUCGAAAAUCGCUACGAGUGUUUUCAUCAUGGAACGAAUACUCAAUUCGAACACAAAUCAAGUAAAACAAGCGAUCUAUCGUGGAUUAACUCCAUUAACUGACCGAGAAGAAAAAACUGUCGCUUAUUCUGGUUUAACUCUCGAUAAAUUAUUCGCUUAUUCGGCUGAAAUAACCAAUAAUAAAAAUGUCAGCGCAUUGUCGUGGAAUCAUCAAAAUUCCGAUUUACUCGCCGUCGGUUACGGUCCUUUUGAAUACAAUGAUCAACGUAGUGGUUUGGUUUGCUGUUGGUGUCUAAAAAAUCAAGAUUUUCCUGAACGAUUUUAUCAUACGCCAUCCGCGGUAACAACAGUGGCGUUUUCCGUCAAGUUUCCAUCGUUAUUAGCUGUUGGUCUUUUUGAUGGAACAGUUAAUGUUUAUAAUGUACAAAAUAAUAUCGAUAAAGCUUUACUUGAUACCGAGGAAGUUCCUGGUAAACAUACUGCACCUGUUUGGCAACUUUAUUGGUUAGCUGUGGAAAAGAGUCGUGAUGAUGAUACAGGAGAAGUACUUAUGUCAGUUUCAACCGACGGUCGAGUAACUCAAUGGUUAUUACGUAAAGGUUUUGAAUCGAGUGAUUCGAUGAAAUUAAAACGCAUUUUGAGUAAACAGACAAUUCAAAGACGUGAUAAUUCCAAAGAAGUAAAGAUUCCCAAAUCAGAGAAUUUGUUAUAUCGACAAUCGGGUGGUUUAUGUUUCGAUGUUUGUCCUGAUGAUUCUACUAUAUAUUUAUGUGGUACAGAAGAAGGUCUUAUCCAUCGAUGUUCAUUGGCCAACAAUGAACAGUAUUUGGAUACGUACGCAAGACAUUCAGGUCCAAUUUAUCGUUUGGCUUGGAGUCCGUUGGCUAAAGAUGUUUUUCUUUCAUCAUCUGCUGAUUGGACUGUAUCACUUUGGACAACUGACAGAUAUGAACCGUGUAUUACAUUUACAUCGAGAAAGAAGCCAGUUUUUGACAUUUGCUGGUCACCAAAAUCUGCCACGAUGUUCUGUUGUGCUAAUGAAGAAGCUGUUGAAGUUUGGGACAUUUCACGAAACACACUCGAACCCAUCGAUGUUAUAUUAACAACGCAUCCAUACAUAUUCACAUCGAUCACCUACGCUCCGAAUUCUGAAUGCGUUCUUGCUGGUACAAAUGUAGGUUCAGUUGUUGUUUACAAUUUAAAAAAUCUUCCAGCACCAACGAAGGCUGAUGAAUUAAUGGAAAUAAUCAAACAACAGACGCAUCAAGCACUAAUACCGGAAGAUCCGACUGUAAAAGCUGCAGCUGCUAUGAAACCUAAAGAAAACGUCCCUAUAAGCAACAAUAAAUAA